GGGAGUACAGUGUGGUACUAAUGAGAGAAAAGAAGUAUGACACUUUCCGAAUCGCUUGUGCGAAAGCCUCCAAAUGUUGUGUCACCUCAGAACUAUCUGAGGUCGAUGUGGUAUCAGAGAAAAGACAACCAAAGAAGAAAAGCUACUCCUCUGACAGUGAAACAGAAUCAGAUUUAGAGAUUCCACAAAUACGUAGACCUAUCAGAAAGGGCACCAAUCAGUCUGAAAAAAAUGCUUGCCGAGAGAGCCAGGUUGAAUCAGUCUCAAAUGUGAUGCCGGUGAAAAAUUAUGAAUCGUCAACUUGUUUACCUGAACAACUUGGAAAUGAUGACUUCAGUAAAAAUUCAGAAAAUGAUCCUGGAGAAAGUACAAUUUCAACAGAUGACAAUAAAUUUAAGAAAACUUGCAUAGGAAUGUUGGUGAAAACAAAUAAAAUGUUGCGAGAUUUAGAAAUGAAUAUUUCCCCUUUCAUAAUCCAAGUAUAUCCGUGGAAUAUAUAG